CUUUUUCUGUUGCCAGGUAACAUAGUGGAAUGGUGUUUGCCUCAGGACGCUGACCUGGUCGGAGUAGAGUUUAAGUCUAUGGCCAGCGGAUCCCAUAGAAUCUCUUCAGACUUCAUCUAUUUCCGCAAAGGCAGUUACUUUGGGCUUGCGUGCUUUGCGAACAUGCCGGUGGAGAGUGCGCUGGAAAGAGGGGCUCGGAUGAAGUCUGUGGGGAUUCUGUCUCCUUCCUACACCCUGCUGUACAGAUACAUGCACUUCCUUGAGAACCAAGUCAGGCAUCAGCUGGAGUCUCCGGGGCACUAUACUCAGUUAGAGGCUUUUUAUGAAGACAAGAAGGGUGUCCUGCCCAUUGGGAAUGGAGCAGCUACCUCCCUCCAGCCAGUCCACUGGCUGCCUUCCAUCAACAGAUGCAUGCACCCUGAAAUGAAGAUCACACACCCGGCCGGCUGCAUGUCCCAGUUCAUUAAGUUCUUCGGGGAGCAGAUGAUCGUCCUGUGGAAAUUCGCCCUGCUCCGGAAACGCAUCCUCAUCUUCUCUCCUCCUCCUGUGGGGGUCGUCUGUUACAGGGUGUACGGCUGCUGCAGUCUGGCGAAUGUGUCCCUUCCCGGAAUCGGGGUCUCUGUGCCAGAGUUUCGGCCGUUCUUCUACAUCAACGUGGCUGACAUCGAAGUGCUGGAGAAUGAGGUCUCGUAUGUAGCCUGUACGACAGAGAAGAUUUUUGAGGAGAAGAAGGGUCUGUAUGAUGUAUAUGUGGACAAUCAGAAUGUAAGAACGCAUCACGAGAACCUGCAACCGCUGCUGAGGAUAAAUGGUGCCGACCGAGACAAGUAUCGUAAACUCAGCGAACAAAGGCAGAUGCUGCUCUACUCCCAGGAGGUAGACCGGGACUGUAGCUCCAAUGAAGAGGACCUCUUCAUUCUGUUUUUCAUGGAGCAGAAUAACCGGAUAUUCCAGAUACUGUCGGAGGUGUCGGCCAGCCAGGACAAGACGCUGACGGAGGAGCACAUGCGGGGGAUGGGGCUGGACCCCCAGGGAGACCGCAGCUUCCUCAUCGACCUGCUGGAGGUGUACGGCAUCGAUGUCAUGCUGGUCAUAGACAACCCCUGCUGCCCCUGAGCUGAGGGGCUGUCCGCCUGUGUGCCUCUGUGUGACUGUGGCUCAGUGUCUGUGACCUGUAUCCACAAAGCUAUUGGAUAUACAGUAGUGUGCAAAUGUAUUAGAACACCCCUUUGCUUCUGUUGUUUUGAUUUGUUGUGCAUAUGAAAUCAGACCACUGUAAUGAACGUCUUGGAAAAUUGUCAAAAUAGGCAAAUUAGUGAUUGUCUAAUUUAAAUGAUGACUUUAAUAGGCUACACAUGCAAUUAAUUUAUAAUGGUAAGAGAAAAGGAAUACAUAGCCACAAAUGAUAAAAUGCACGAGACUUAGAAGGUGUUUAAGAUGUCUAAUUAAAUCACAAAGUGGUCGAACAUUUCCACAUGAGUGCCUAUUGUUCUAUAUCACUGAUUACUGACAAAAAAUUGAAAUUCUCACCCCCAGAGGUUUUCAUGCAGGUACAUAUAUAAAGGAUAUAAAUGACAACUGUUGAGGUGUUCUAAUACAUUUGCACAUGACUGUUUUAGAAAAAGAAAAAGCAAAGGUCUACAAUAUGAUACAUUUGCCUACGAGUGACGGCCAAAAAUAAAAUAUUUGCUAUGAAAGCUGUUUUAACUAACUAAGCUUACAUUUGUAGAAAUUGUUUAUUGUUACAUUCAUAUUUCUUUCCUGUGUAUCGAAUCCUAUGCAGGCUGUUUUUGGGGUAAUUUGCUUAAUGUGAGCGCCAUUGUUAAACAACUUCAGUGUUCAGUUUGUUGAUUAGCAUUGCAAGAUGUGAUGCAUCACGAAGUAUGUAUAUAUUGUAUAAGUAUGAUGUUGUUUUAAAAAUGGAUGCAAAGCAUUAAAAGCUAGCAAAAUUGCACAAGUGGACCUCAUUCAGUACACAUAGAAAAAUAAUAUUGCAACAGACUAGGGAUGGGACGAAUACAGCAUUUCCGAAUAAUUUUCCUUUAAGGUCUCACUGAACCAACACAGUUCAAUUGAAAGCCGGUUACACUUUUAAAUCACACAAUUAUGUUGUGCUGUGUGUAUAAUCUCCAAAGUGCUUUCAAUUAAAAACAAAUUGUCGCCUUUUAAUCUGUAGACAGAUGAGUUUCGCGUGGCCGAUGCAGAUCCACAUUAUAAACACAUAAGCAUAACAAUAGUGUGUAACGUCUUCAGGUAGGGUUUAAAAAAAUCCAUCUUGUUACAAUUCUUCGAUCUGUUGAUGUUGAGAUUUAAAAGUUUUAAAUUGAGAUGAGGCAAAACAUACACGAUGAUAACUGGCCAGUUAAAAGCCGACAAUUCCCUUUGAAUGGAAAGCACUCUGCAGAACCUAAUGACAUAAUUCAAGAGCGUCACCAUGUUCAAAUUAAAUGUCGGUUCAGUUUAUUUUUUAUUUUUUUUAAACCCUACCUGAAGAUGUUACACACUAUUGUUAUGCUUAUGUGUUUAUAAUGUGGAUCUGCUUCGGCCACGCGAAACUCACCUGUCUACAGAUUAAAAGGUGACAAUGUGUUUUUAAUUGAAAGCACUUUGGAGCACAACCUAAUUGUGUGAUUUAAAAGUUUAACCGGCUUUCAAAUGAAAUGUGUCGCUUCAGUGAGACCUUAAAGGAAAAUUAUCCGGAACCGCUGUAUUCGCCCCAUCCCUACAACAGACUAGUCCAUUACUGAAAAUAAACCCUAUGGUAGUUCCAUCAGAGGUUAAAAUAACUUCCAUAGUAAAUAUUUAAUUUAUGGAUGUCACUUGUAGGAAAGAUUCUUAUCUUGGACCAUUUUCCUUCCUGGGAAAGUCAGGAUCAUAUCUUCAUUUCUGGGGUUUCUUUAAAACAA